GUAAAUCAAAGUGAAGAGGGGAAACAGGAUUUAAAAGAGUCGAACAACGCAAACAGCUAGGGUUUUCUUUUCUUUUCUUCUUUAUAAGAAACACAUCAAACAAAUCACCAUUCUUCUUGUUCUUCAGGGUCUUUUCUUUUUGAUAGGUUGUAGUUUAUAAAGGAUUAAAGAAAAGCGGUGUAUCAUCAAUUUAACAGGAAAUGGAUGGACCAUAUGUUAAUGACAACGAUGAGCAUCUACAGUCUGGCAAUAUUAAUCAAGAAUAUGAUGGUAAUUUAGAUGAUAGUGGUGGAGCCAACAAUGGCACUAGUCUUGAUUCUUCAGCAGGAAAACUUUUUGUUGGAGGCAUUGCUUGGGAGACAUCUCAAGAGUCUUUUAGCAAUUACUUCAGCAACUAUGGAGAGAUAACAGACUCUGUGAUAAUGAUGGAUAAGAUUACUGGCCGGCCACGUGGAUUUGGGUUUGUAACAUUUGCUAACCCAACCGAUGCUGAUAAAGUAUUGGAUCAAGAUCACAUUAUAGAUGGCAGACCAGUUGAAGUAAAAAGGACAGUUCCCAGAGAGGAUACGCAGGGAAGUAGAGGUGUAUCAAGAACAAAGAAAAUAUUUGUCGGCGGUAUACCGUUGACUUUAACGGAAGACGAAUUGAGGGAAUAUUUCUCUAAUUAUGGUGGGAUAAUUGAGCAUCAGAUUAUGUUAGAUCAUGUCACGGGUCGAUCACGGGGCUUUGGCUUUGUUACAUUCGACAGUGAAGAAGCUGUGGAUAAGAUAUUUGCUGAUGGUCAACUACAUGAACUAGGAGGCAAACAAGUUGAGAUAAAGAGGGCCGAGCCAAAAAGGGUUGGCGUCGAUUUCUCAUAUGACAACCGAUCACGUCGUGGUGGUGCUUCCAAGUCAUACGGUGGUGGAUUUGGUAGGGGUUUGGGAUCAGGUGGAUAUGGAGGUGGUUAUGGCGGAAAAGCAGACAGAGGGUAUAAUGAUUAUGGCGGUGGUUAUGCUGGUUACGACGGUUAUAUGGGAGGUUAUGGAGGUGGAUCUACAGGUUUCUACGGUGGUUAUGGUGGAUAUGGGUAUGGGUUUGGGUUUGGUGGGCCCAUGUAUGGCGGUGCUGGAUAUGCAGGUGCUGGUUUCAGUGGCUAUGGCGGGCCUGCUGCUUACGGUGGAGGUCGGGGUUAUGGUAGCGGUAGUGGAGGUGGUGGUGGCGUUGGCGGCAAAGGAUUUGAUAGGGGAGCUGGAGCUGGAGCUGGUGGUGGAUAUGGAUAUGGGUAUGGGUAUGGAUAUGAUGGUGGUAAAGGGUAUGAUAAUGACAAUGGCGGCAGUGGUGGAGGAAGGUAUCAUCCGUAUCGGAAGUGAGAUGAUAUGAUAAUAGCUAGAUGACAUCGAAGUUCAAGGACUCUUCUGUCGUCUGUUUUGUUCUAUGUGAAUCUUCUUGACCCGUGAUCUAUUAGCAACUUAGAAAUUGGGUCAUGGAGGUCGAAUUUGUUACUUAUAGAACUAUCCACUGUAUUGCCUCUAAUCAUUUACGCUUAUAAAUGCUAUUUUUUAGUUUAA